CCUGUGUUGCUGCUUCAUCUUCCAGCCCCUUCAUUCCAGCUCUGUCUCUUCCACUCACCCAUCCGACGAAGCCUUUUAUCAUCGCGGUUCAAACGGUUCAGUACCUUCGAUCAUUGCGGACGAUUGUUCUUUUUCCCAACAACCCGAGAUUCAGCAAGUAGCUGUUUAAAUACUUGCUCCAUUCACCAAGCCUCGCCAGCCCUACUGCAUCACCUCGCACACAACAACAUCCGCAGCGAUGGGCGACUUUAAUAAUUAUGGCGGAACCGAUGAGGAGAAUUCGGAGAUUGCCCGCCUCACGGCCGACGUCGAAGCCGACACGGACAACUUUGAGAACUGGGAGAAGUUGAUCCGCGCAUGUGAGAGCCUUGACGGCGGUCUCAACCGGAAUUCCAGUCCCCAAGCACUAGCUACACUUCGCAACUCUUACGACCGCUUCCUUCUCAAAUUCCCCCUCCUGUUUGGCUACUGGAAGAAGUACGCCGACCUCGAGUUCAACAUCGCUGGGCCCGAAUCGGCCGAGAUUGUCUACGAGAGAGGUUGCGCCAGCAUCACCAACUCGGUUGACCUCUGGACCGAAUAUUGCUCUUUCAAGAUGGAAACGACCCACAUCCCCCACCUUAUCCCAAGACCUUCCUCACACGCAGCAAUUCUGUCAUGCGAUGCCGCUCGCGGCCCGCCUGCCGAACCAAGCAAAAGAUACUUCGAGCCCUCAACCCUCUCGACAUGGCUUUUCGAGAGGGCGGCUACCCACAUUGGUUUAGAUUUUUUGUCGCACCCCUUUUGGGAUAAGUAUCUGGAGUAUGAAACCAGACAAGAGGCGCACGACAAGAUCUUUGACAUCCUCAAGCGUGUCAUUCACAUCCCGAUGCACCAGUACGCCCGCUACUACGAGCGAUUCCGCCAACUUGCUCAUACCCGGCCUCUCGAGGAGCUAGUUUCAGCUGAGGAGCUGGCCCGCUAUCGCGCAGAAGUUGAGGACGAAGCCGUUCACCUCGGUUUGCAGAAGACUGAGCUGGAGGUCGAACGGGAUAUCAGGGGCAAGAUCGACCAGUUCUUCUACUUGACUUUCCAGAACACUCAAACCGAGACAACAAAGCGGUGGACAUACGAAGCCGAAAUCAAGCGGCCAUACUUUCACGUCACGGAGCUCGACCACUCACAGCUGGCCAACUGGCGCAAGUAUCUCGAUUUUGAAGAGGCCGAGGGAGAUUACAACAGAAUCGUCGUGCUGUAUGAGAGAUGUAUGGUUACCUGUGCUCUUUAUGACGAGAUGUGGUUCCGGUAUGCGCGCUGGAUGGCUGGGCAGGAGGGCAAGGAAGAAGAGGUUAGGAACAUCUACCUUCGCGCCGCUACGCUCUUCGUACCUAUCAGCCGACCUGGUAUCCGACUGCAGUUUGCGUAUUUCGAGGAAGUGAACGACAGAGUCGAUAGAGCGCGGGCCAUUCAUGAAGCUGUGCUGGACAUACUGCCAGACAGCGUCGAGACGAUCGUUUCGUGGGCUAAUCUGGAACGUCGCCAGGCUGGUUUGGACGCCGCGAUAGAGGUGUUGAGGGCUCAAAUCGCCUCGCCUAGCGUGAGCAUCUACACCAAGGCGGCCUGUGUCACUGAGUGGGCUACUUUGCUUUGGAAGGUUAAAGGAUCCGUUGACGAAGCUCGUGCUGCCUUCUCCAAGGACGCUGACGCCUAUGCCGACAGUCGACAUUUCUGGCAACAGUGGUUUGACUUUGAGCUCCAGCAGCCCACCAACAGCGAGAUGGAGACCAAGCACUUGGAGCUUGUCAAGAGGGUGUUCACCCAGAUGUGCACCAAGAGCCGUCUCUCCCUCAGUAUCAAACAGGAGCUUGGUCGUAUUUACAUGAACUACCUGCAAAAUCGCGGAGGCAAGGAAGCGAUGAAGGAUUUCCUUGAUGUCGAUCGACAGAUGUUUGGGCCUCGCUCAGUAUCGUUGGCUGCCAAUGCAAAGGACGGCAAGGAGAAUGGCGUGGUCCCCGAGUUGGACCCUACAAGUCGUCUAAAGGCCGAGGGCCGCUUUUACAACUACUAUGAACUGCAUGCGGAUCCGGAUGAGAAUGCCCAAGGACUGGCGGAUUUCAACUAAAGAAGGGCGUCGUGACAGCAAGAGUAAUUUCAGAUAAUUCACAUGAUGCAGUUCUUGGGCGGCGGUUUUUUUGGAUGAUCUAGGCGGCCGAAAUGUGCCCUUGGCUGGCGUGCUCAGGUUGUCAUUUCAUGAUUCGUUGCGGAUAUUUUGACGGAUAGAGUCUGAAGGUCGGUUGUCUCUAUGGAAAAGCAGGUAUGGUAAUUCGGGUCCUAGUUUCUCUCACAGUUGUCUCGCCUUAAGGUUGCCCUGACUGGGGGACUUGUAUGUAGUUUAUAUAAAUAACAAUAUUUCAACCAUGCCUUUAUAUGCCUGCC